ACAUUCGCGAAUCAGAUGAUCAUAAGUUGGCUGUACACUAGACACAGCUUAACUUAUUAAACAUAUCGUGUGUCCGCAAAUUUUGACAAUUAGUACCCGCGUAAUUAUAAUUUUUAGUAAAAUUAUUCGAAAAGUGUAAUUAAUUGGAAUUUGCAUUACUUUAUUUUAUAAUUACUUGUAACAGUAUUUUCAGAUAAUACAAUGAACGCAUACAUAGAACACGCAAUAGAGAAAGUUACUGAUUUGCAACAGCAAACUCAUUUUUGUCUAAAUAACUACGAUUACUAUCAUAAAAAUAAUGAAUUGGAAAUUUUACGUCAAAAGGAAAAACAGUUACGUGUUAGUGCAAUGUACCUUAAGGAAUUUCUCAAUACACUGGAUGCAUUUCAAAACGCUAUUAAAGACAUGUCAAGUCAGUGCGACGAAGUUGAUGCAAUUCUGGAAAAGUGCUCACAGAAAGGUAAAAAAAAUGUAGAGGACACGGAUAGCAACAAAGAGAAUAUUUAAAUGCUUAAUGUUUGCACUAAUUUCUUUAAUUUGCUAUAAGCUUUAAUAAAUUGAUAUUUAAAUAAAUAAAAGAUAGACUAGUUUUACACUAUAAUAACCUAUCAUUUAAUAAAUAAGGAAUUGACAAAA